CCUUCAGGGCAGUUUCAUCCACAUUGUAGCUGACACUACUCAGCUGCAGACAUGAACAACCAAGGCGUGACUUAUGCGGAACUCCAUCAUGCUAAGGGCUCAAAAAGACAGCAAGUGCAACCUAAGGGCACGAAAAGUUCCAUUUCAGUAACUGAGGAGGAGAUAGCCUAUGCAGAAUUGAAUCUUCAAAAUGCUUCUCGGGCCCUUCAAGGGAAUGGCAAGAAGUCUCCCUGCAAAGAGAAGCUCAUUGCUGGGAUCCUGGGAAUCAUCUGUCUUGUCUUGAUGUCCACUGUGGUAAUACUAGCUGUUAAUCCCGGUACUGACACACCGGAGCAGAAUAAUUCUUCCCUGGAAACAAGGAUCCAGAAAGCACAUCACUGUGGUCGUUGUCCAGAAGAGUGGGUUACAUAUUGCAACAAUUGCUAUUACAUCAGCACUGAAAAAACGUGGAAUGAGAGUUUGAUGUCCUGUGCUUCUAAAAACUCUAACCUGCUCUCCGUAGAUAAUGAAGAGGAUGUGUGUCGCUUUUCCCUUCUUAGAAGUCCUCGUCCAAUUUUAGACAUGAGCUCUUUUUUGAUUUUUGUUGCCUGUGAUUUCGGUAUCCAAGAAACCAUCGUCUACACCAGUGUCAAGGCUUCAAGAAUUCCCUUUAGCAUUUCAGUUAGCCAGGUCAAAUACUUAAAACUGGUUCUGACACAUGGUGGUCUAGAGACCACCACGAGAGUCAUGGUGCUGCUGUCCUCUGCCAUCCGGGGCAAGCUGAACCAUUGA